AUGUAUCAACAACGUAUGAAGGUUUUAGUUGUAUUUAUUUCUCUUAUCAAUUUAUAUUCUCAUCCCCUAACAACAAAACUUUCGGCACGGCCAUUUGACACGAAUGAAAAUCAUGAAACGCAAAUCGCUAAAUUGGUCCAGUAUCGUAGUAGAUCUCAAUCAAGUAUAAUCUUCUCCCAAAAAAGUUUCCAACUUCUUAAAAAGGUUUUCCCAGAGAAAAUUUCUAAAGAAAAGGAAAAGAAGAAAAAAGAAAAUAAAGGAAAACAAAAGCAAGGUUUGUUUGGAGAAAAAAAAAUAAAUUCAAGAAAACAGAAGUUUAGCUGA